AAAGCACUGGUAGCCGGACGGACGGACGGACGGACGGAGAGCUUUGCAGCAAAGCUCGCUCGAGCGAAUGCGAAUGCGAGUGUCUACGCGCAGUGAAACCGUUAGCCGAAUCGCCUUUUCAUUCCAUUUAGUCACUCUCAACACACGCAGCACCGAGGGUGGUGGAAAAUCAUCGGGCGGAGAAAUCACAAUCGAAAUCGAAUCGAAUCCGGGCGAGACUCUCGACCACAACAACUGGCAGCAGGAGGAAGCAGGCUAAGGCUAAGGCUAGUAAGGCAUCGGCUCCCAAACCACCGAAAAUCGAAAAUCUCGCGAUUUCUUCAACCAAAGGCCCGCAGCAGCGUCGUGUGCAUAUAUUAUACAUCAUCAUGUUAUUUAUGUGUCACCAAAUGGCCAUGAAGAAGGAGGCCAUGGAGAAGCUCAAAGCCGAGGAGCUCCGCAGGGCACGAGCCGCUGCUGAAAUUCCCAUCAUCUGGAUCUUGGGUGGACCCGGCUGCGGAAAGGGCACUCAGUGCGCCAAAAUUGUGGAAAAGUACGGAUUUACACACCUGAGCAGUGGCGAUUUGCUUCGCAAUGAGGUGGCCUCUGGAUCGGAAAAGGGUCGUCGGCUGCAAGAGGUAAUGUCAUCCGGUGGCUUGGUGUCCAACGACGAGGUGCUGUCGCUGCUCAACGACGCCAUCACCCGGUCGAAGGGCGUCUCGAAGGGAUUCCUCAUCGACGGUUAUCCGCGGGAGAAGAACCAGGGCGUGGAGUUCGAGAUCCGUGUGGCUCCCGCCGAUCUGGCGCUGUACUUCGAGUGCUCCGAGGACACGAUGGUGCAGCGCAUCAUGGCGCGGGCCGCAGCCUCAGCCGUGAAGCGGGAGGAUGACAACGAGAACACCAUCAGGGCUCGCCUACAGACCUUCAGGCAGAACACCAACGCCAUUCUAGAGCUCUAUGACGCCAAAACCCUGACGAUCAAUGCCGAGCGUGACGUGGACGAUAUCUUUUUGGAAGUCGUCCAGGCCAUUGACUGUGUGCUGAAGAAGAAGCAGCAGAAAGCCGCCGCCCAGUGCUAGUAAAAUGUGAAAUUAGAAUCAUCAUUGUUAUUAGGAAACCGGUACCAAAGUCAGCGACGCAAGCAACAUUUUUAAAUGCACUUUUUAGCGCGAAUCUCACAAUCUAAAAGCUGAGCACAAAUGAAAGCGAAACACCAAAUAAAUUAGUCUAAAUCUAUAUUAUGUUACCACA